AUGAUCCGGUGCGUGCUUUUUACGAUCGCAUCGUUGAAUCUCUUAAGCCUUGUCAGCUCGUCAUCAUUUACAUUCGAGCUUCCAGAUGGUGAGACUCGGUGCUUCUACGCUGUUAUUAAGAAGGAUGAAGGUACCACAGUUGAAUUUCAGGUUACAUCCGGUGGGAACUUUGAUAUUGACGUAACACUUCGAGACCCCUUUAAAAAUGUUGUUAAAGUCCUUCAACGCGAGCAGUACGAUUUCUUCGAAUAUACGGCCAAAGUGGAUGGCGAAUAUGAGCUGUGCUUUAGUAACGAGUUCUCAUCGGUCACUCACAAGAUAGUUUAUAUGAAUUGGGAGUUGGAAUCCGAGAAGUCAAAUCCGAUUGGGGAUGCACCACUAACCAUGGUGGAUAGCACAAUGUACGCCAUCCAUGAGAACCUCAAAAAUGCCGCAGCGGCGCAGACAAGAGUGCGUCUGCAGGAAGCCACCUCGCGUAGUUUUGUGGAAGCACUGAAUGAACGCGUCACCUGGGGCUCCUUCAUCCAUGUUAUCGUCAUUCUUGUUGUUGCUGUAGGUCAAGUCUACCUCCUUCGGUCCCUUUUCAACUCGCCCUCCAGUCUGGCUACUGGUGUUUCUGGUAAAACUAGGAUUAUGCCUACUGUGGGUUAUUAA